AUGUUCCAAUCCUUCUUUUCUAUUUUCGCUCUCCAAGUUGCUUGUAACUCCUUUUCAGGAGUUGAUGGACGUCAGCAGGCUCGGCUCGUCCGAAGGACUCCAGAUCCACCUCUCAACAUCAACACUCUUACCGACAAAUACACCUUCCCGAAAAACAUUCGUUGGGAGUCUGGUACGAUCAAUAAUGCCACUGCACCUUAUCUCACGACUGCACCAUCGCAAAUGCCAGGUGAAAUCGAUAUCAGAGGCGCGGACGAUGAUGAUGAUGAAAUUUUGACAACCAUCAACACAAACGCCGCUAGCUGUGAUCCAGCCAGCUACUCAGGAACGGACAAGAUGGAAUUCGUUUUCCAGAAAGAUCAUUGGAACAUCAUCAACAACGGUAAAGGGGGCCCCAUUCAUUAUGGUUACAAGCGUACAGCAUCUGCUCCCAAGAAUUCACUUGUUGGAGAAGUUAGACUCACCGAAUCCCCGUACUCAUUAGUGGCCUUGGUCUCAGGCCACACUGAUACAGACUUAUUUCAUCAAUUUGACACUUGGUAUAUGUUUUUCCUUCCGAAUCCGAUGAUAGACAAGAAUGAUGGAAAAUACACCAUUGAUGCUGAACCAAACUUAGGACUCCCAUCUUGGGAUCUCAUCUCCUUGAUGAUCGUUGCAAGCAAACACAACGAGAAAUGUUCAUAG